CGCGCAGCCCAUGUGAUUGGGGGAAUGAAUUCGGUGGCCACAGGCAGCCGCACGCACGCACACGGGGACCGCGGGCGGAGAUGGGCGGGGGGCGUGCCAGGGCCCCGCGGAGGGGGAAGCGGCCCAGCCUCCCGCCGCCCGGAAAUCCCCCCUGCGCUUGGCCGGCCGAGCGUCCUGGGGUCUCCGGGAAGGGCGCCUGGGGGAAGGGGAGGACCUCGAGCCGCCCCUCCCCCGGGCCCGGCUUCGAGGAUCUGAAAAAGCAGAAGCGAGCGGCGCUCCGGAGAGUCCCACCGGAGCCGGGAUCUGGGAAGAGAAACUUGCGGCCGGGGCUGGGGCCGCGCCCCGCGAUCUGUGUAGCGCUCGGAGGAGAGGUCCUGGGUCCGGGAGAAGUCCUGCGUUACCACCCGGCCCGCCUCGUCUCGCUGGAAGACCGAAGAUCCGGCCCUUUCCCCUGCUGCGCCGUCUUCGCCUAGUGGGUUGCGCCUGACCCACCCCUCCCCGCCGGGCCCGCCGCUCCAGUCCGGAGGAGGGGCCGUCGGCGCGGACAGGACCGGCCCGCAUCCCCGAGAGGCGGCCGUCGCGGACCCGGAGCCCGAGCUUCCACCCCCUUCCCGCACCCUCUCAACUCUGCCGGCCCUCCGCUGGACGCCCCUGUGCCCCCCGCAUCGUGCUCCCAGGGUCCCGGAUCCCCGAGCGGCCCCCCAUCCCCUCGCCCACUCCUCGUAUCCCGCGCCGGGUCCCCUGAGCCAAUCUGGGCCCCUGAUCUCCGCCCCCGGAUCCCCAGGGCGGCGUGGGUCAGGUCCCCUCGAGCUCCGCCGGCUGCCAGGGCAGGACCGCGCCAUGCUCCGGCUCCUGGUUCUGUUGCUCCCGCUGCUGCCGCAGCCCGCGCGCGCCCGGGAGCCCUCCGCGCAGGACGUGAGCCUGGGCGUGGACUGGCUGACCCGCUAUGGCUACCUGCCGCCACCUCACCCUGCCCAGGCCCAGCUGCAGAGCCCUGCAAAGCUGCGGGAUGCGAUCAAGGUCAUGCAGAGGUUUGCGGGUCUGCCAGAGACAGGCGUCCUGGACCCUGUGACAGUGGCCACCAUGCAUAAGCCCCGCUGCUCCCUGCCUGAUGUGCUGGGGGCGGCGGGGCUGGUCAGGCGGCGCCGCCGGUAUGCUCUGAGUGGCAGCGUGUGGAAGAAGCGAACCCUGACGUGGAGGGUAAACUCCUUCCCCCAGGGCUCAGUGCUGAGCCAGGAGACAGUGCGGACCCUCAUGCACCAUGCCUUGACCACCUGGGGUGUUGAGUCAGGCCUUGAAUUCCAGGAAGUGGGUUCUCAGGACCCGAUGGAGCCUGAUAUCCUCAUCGACUUUGCCCGGGCCUAUCACCAGGACAGUUACCCCUUCGACGGGCAGGGGGGCACCCUCGCCCAUGCCUUCUUCCCUGGGGAGCACUCCAUCUCUGGGGACACUCACUUCGAUGAUGAGGAGAUCUGGACUUUUGGGUCAAAAGAUGGCGAAGGGACGGACCUGUUUGCCGUGGCUGUUCAUGAGUUUGGCCACGCCUUGGGCCUGGGCCACUCCUCAGCGGCCAACUCCAUCAUGAGGCCCUUUUACCAGGGCCCGGUGGGCAACCCCACCGAGUACCGCCUGUCCCAGGACGACCUCGAAGGCCUGCAACAGCUCUACGGGAAAGCACCCCAAACCCCACUUGACAAGCCCACAAGGAAACCCCUGGCUCCUCCUCCCCCGCCCCCUGCCCUGCCCCCGGACCGCCCCUCCCAACCCGUUCCUGAUCGAUGUGAUGGCCAUUUUGACGCCAUCGCCAACAUCCGAGGCGAAACUUUCUUCUUCAAAGGCCCGUGGUUCUGGCGCCUCCAGCCCUCGGGACAGCUGGUGUCCCCCCGGCCCGCCCGGCUCCAUCGCUUCUGGGAGGGGCUGCCGGCCCAGGUGAAGGUCAUCCAGGCCGCCUACGCCCGGCAUCCGGACGGCCGGAUCCUUCUCUUCAGCGGUCCGCAGUUCUGGGUGUUCCAGGACCGGCAGCUGGAGGGCGCCGCGCGGCCGCUCACGGAGCUGGGGCUGCCCGCGGGAGAGGAGGUGGACGCCGUGUUUUCUUGGCCGCUGAACGGGAAGACCUACCUGAUCCGGGGCAGGCGGUACUGGCGGUACGACGAGGCCGCAGCGCGCCCGGACCCCGGCUACCCGCGCGACCUGAGCCUCUGGGAGGGGGCACCGCACGCCCCCGACGACGUCACCGUCAGCAACACAGAAUACCUAGCCUUUCCCGGAGCUCAGCCGGCUGACUCCCUGCAGCCUUGGACCCGCCUGACAACAGCAGCUGUCCCAAGCUGUUCGGGUCUUUACAGGACAGGCCUGCCCCGGACGCUGAACCCCAGGCUGGCUCUCCACCUGCUGCUCUGACGUUUCUCACCCUGCCCUGCGUCCAUGAAGUCCCAGUCAAGCCAUAUUGGUGGGGACCCCAAACCCAGCCCUGAGACCACCCCUGAGCACCAGUGUCCCAAGUUCUGGGUGGACCUUCUUUCUAGUCACCACGCUGGUACCAGAAAUGCCUACGUUCAAUAGGACACCAUCCUGUCCCUAAAACGCCUCUCCCCACCUCCACACCUGAGCCUCUACCACCUCCUUCUGAACUGCUUGGCUCCAUCAGCUCAAUGCUGGUGGAAAGACAGUGGACUGGUCCCUUCUUAGUCCAGGGUCACUGGCUCCUCAGCUUUCCUGCGUGAUGAGUGAGUGGAACCUGGGCCAUCUCAUUGACCCCACUGCAACCUCCCCCCUGCCCACUAUCCACAGAAUUCAGGAUCUAAAUCAGUGCCUCUGCAACUAUGCUUUUGGAAUAUUACACAACAGAAUGACCCACUAAACUUAAAAAUGCAGAUUCCAUGCCCUCGCUCUGAAUGCUCACUCUGGGGCUGGGGCCAUGAAUCUGCAUUUGAACAAGCUGGGGUGGGGGUGGGGGUGGCCCUGCUGGGCAAGGGAGCUGGGCCAGCAGCUGUCAUCUCUGUGUCUCUGCCUUGUGGCUUUUCUGUGUCUCUGCCAUGUUCUCUCUCCCAGGGGCCAACCCCUUCCUGUUGUCUACAAAGCCCAGCUGAUGGCCUUGGUUGAGAGAGGUCCACCCCCCAUGUGUGGAGUCACUUAGCAGCCACUUCUUUGGUUGGUACCCAGCUUCAGCGGCCCCACAGUGCUGCCCAGAGCUGAGGCCAGUGGGGAUGUUGCCCACCUCGGUCACGAGCAGGAGACCAGUAGGAGGGCGACAGCCAGGUGUCUUCAACCAGCCUGGAACCUGAAAAUUCAAGGCCACCAGAAAGCCAUCUGGGCCUCUGUUAGGAUCCUUGUGAAGUAUGAGGAGGAGGAAACUUGUAUUUGAAGAGCCUGUCAGCCCCACCAGGAGGACAAUAAAAAUGACGGGAGAGAAAGCCCUUCGUUUCUUCUGAGCACUGAUGGAGCUGGGGUGAAGUUCGGUGGCAGAAACUUGACAGACCCAAAUCACUCUGAUUUGCAGAAGAGGUUGGAAUCCAGCAUUGAUGGGAGACAGGGUGGAUGAGAAUGAAUGGGAGGAGGAACCCAAAAGUUGGUUGAAGGGAGCCCAGAGGAGGGAUGUCCCAUGUGAAAUUUGAGGCUGCUUUCACUGCUACAAUGGAAACUUCUGCAGCCUUUAAGACUUCAUUAAGUCUGCUACACAAAAAUGCCACAUUAAAUUGAAUUAUAUUAUUUAAAGAACAGUACAGUCCCAUAAUAAAAAUGUAAAACUUUUGUGUUUCAAAGGAGACCAUCAGAAAAGUGAAAAGUCACCCCAGACACCCUUGUCCCUUGUAUACCCCCUUCUUCAUACACUCUCUCCCUAAAUGCAGAUUCUUUAGGUCCAAACAGGCAGAGCUUCAGACUGCAAGUCAGCUCUUCCAAAAUGACCCUGCAGCAAACACUGCAGGAU